UUCCAUGAAGGUUGUGAAAAAAGUUUUAAUACAGAGUUGGAUUACAGCUCUUGAGCUCAAAACAUUGGCCAUUACACUACCAUCUUAAAAGGCUGCUGUAACACGGAACACAGAAUUGAGCAGAUUUCUUACAUUUUCUGGACCACAGAUGGAUUUUGAAUGCCUCUUUGUGCCUUGAUGGAAGAUAUAUUAACUUCAGUAACUGGAAUUCAUACCUGAUCACUUGUGAGCAUAGAAAUGCAUUUUGAAACAGACACCUCUAGCUGUAUGACGACGACUGCGUAGUAACCUGUGGGUUUUAAACAUCAGAAUGUACAAACCGUGGGCAACUGUGAAUAUUUUCAUAGUUUCUUUUCUACAUCUGCUGCAAGGAUCUGACUAUGAGAAUGGAUCUGUGAAGAGGACAUCUCUUACAGCAUGGGAGCGAUCAGAACAGCAGAUCAGGAGAGCAUCCAGCCUGGAAGAGCUGCUUCGUAUCACUCACUCUGAGGACUGGAAGCUGUGGAAAUGCAGGCUAAAACUCAAAAGUCUGGCCAAUUUAGACUCCCGCUCUGCAUCACAUCGCUCCACCAGAUUUGCUGCUGCUUUCUAUGAUAUUGAUACACUGAAAGUCAUCGAUGAGGAAUGGCAAAAGACUCAAUGUGUGCCAAGGGAAACCUGCGUGGAAGUUGCCAAGGAGCUGGGUACAACAACCAACAAAUUCUUCAAGCCUCCCUGUGUGAACGUGUUCAGAUGUGGAGGCUGCUGCAAUGAAGAGAGUCUGAGCUGCAUGAACACAAGUACAACUUACGUGUCAAAAACGCUCUUUGAGAUCUCAGUUCCCUUGACAAGUGUUCCCGAGCCAGUGCCAAUCAAAAUUGCCAACCACACAGGCUGUAAGUGUCAAUCAAACACCCAGCGCCAUCAGUACACCAUCAUACGAAGAUCUGUCCAGUACCCAGAAGAAGAUGGGUGCCCCUUUACCAACAAACUUUGCCAUAAUGGCUGGAUCUGGGAUAGUGACAAAUGUGAAUGUGUUCUAGAUGUACAGCACCCCAACAGACGAGAUGGACUCCCUUCCCUCGCUGAGCUGGCUAUGUGUGGACAACAUAUGGAAUUUGAUGAAGAAAAUUGUGAAUGCAUCUGUAGACAGAAGUGUCCCACAGAUUUCUUUCAGAGUAAAGAGAACUGCAGUUGCUAUUUGUGUAGGGAGAGCCAAGAGAGCUGUGCUCUAAAACACAAGAUAUUUCAUGCUGAAACCUGCAGCUGUGAGGACAAAUGCCCACCCCAACCCAGAACAUGCCCAACUGCAAAACCAAUGUGUCCCAGGCAUUGUCGUUGUCCAAAGGAGAAGAGAGGUUCUCAUGGGUCCCAAAGCAGAGAAACUCCUUGACUGAGCUUUCCCUCUUCUCAAAAAAUCCAUUGCUUCGCAAAGUUGCUGUCACUGACUCUCAAACAAUAGUAAACAUGAACAUCUUCCACAUUAACAACAGAAGAAUGAAUCCAGUCUGCAUUUGUUUGAGUAAUCACUAACUGCAGAUGAAUUCUCUGGGACACUGGUAAUUGUUCUUUAAGAGGUAACAAUAACUGAUGAAUUGCUGGCUGUGUGGAAGACAGAGUGGAAAGUGCCAGUUCAAUGUUACAUUAUGGAAGAUGAAGCUGGUCUAUUGGUAAUUGAGGCAUAGUCACCAGCCAGUCUUGUGGAAACUGAGACUAGAUAAUCUUAGCCUCUGAAUCCUUAGCUAAUGCAGCUCCUGGGGGAAUUUCCUCAGAAAUUCAGUGUACAGGAUUUGGCUUCUAAUAGGUUCAGCACUGAGUUAUUUGAUCUACUGUCCAGCUUUGAUUAUAAUUUUGAGUUUAUUGUACAACUACUGUCAGAUGUGCCAUAUUUAAGUGUACAUAAGAAAAUAAAUACAUCAGUUAUUCGA